AUGGCUGUUCUCUUAGUUUCCUUUUUGAUGUUUAGUCUCAUUGAUGGGAAGAGUAUAACAAAGAAAAGGGAGAGUGCUCAGAUGAUCAAAGAAGUGGAAGUGGAUAAAGUGGUGGUGCUGGAAAAAGAACAAGUUGAAGCAAUUAAGAAGCUCUGGGAAGACCCAGGAAUUCAAGAAUGCUACGACAGACGGAGGGAGUACCAGCUCUCAGACUCUGCUAAGUAUUACCUUACUGAUCUUGAUCGUAUUGCUAUGCCCUCAUUUGUGCCAACUCAGCAAGAUAUCCUUAGAGUCCGAGUGCCAACUACAGGAAUUAUUGAAUAUCCUUUUGAUCUAGAAAAUAUUAUAUUUAGGAUGGUGGAUGUAGGUGGCCAAAGGUCAGAAAGAAGGAAGUGGAUCCACUGUUUUGAAAGUGUUACUUCCAUCAUUUUCUUAGUUGCAUUAAGUGAAUACGAUCAAGUCUUGGCAGAAUGUGACAAUGAGAAUCGAAUGGAAGAAAGCAAGGCCUUAUUUAAAACUAUCAUUACAUAUCCGUGGUUUCUGAAUUCUUCAGUCAUUUUAUUUUUAAAUAAAAAAGAUCUUCUAGAAGAGAAAAUCAUGUAUUCUCAUCUAAUUAGUUACUUUCCAGAAUACACAGGACCUAAACAAGAUGUCAAAGCUGCCAGAGACUUCAUUUUGAAGCUGUAUCAGGAUCAGAAUCCAGACAAGGAGAAAGUAAUCUAUUCCCACUUCACUUGCGCCACAGACACAGAAAAUAUUCGGUUCGUCUUUGCUGCUGUCAAGGACACGAUCCUGCAAUUAAACCUGAGGGAGUUCAACCUGGUUUAA